AUGCAGCUCACUCACAUCCUCUCCACCGUCCUCCUCAGCCUAUCAAUGGCUGCAGCCGCACCAGCUCCACAAGAGUCAUAUGUUCCUCCUGGUUUUGCCCCCAACCCUCCUCUGGCUGCACGAGCUCCACAAGAGUCAUAUGUUCCUCCUGCUUUUGCUCCCAACCCUCCUCUGGCUGCACGAGCUCCACAAAAGUCACUUCUCUCUAGUCCCGUUGUGCUACCUGACAUUCCUCUGGCUGCACGACAGAAGUGCCUCCACCAGACUCCCCAGCCAUGCAGCAGCAAUGAGCAAUGUGCAAACGGCGGCUGCACUACUUCUGGUGUCUGCUACUACAACUGCUAG